GUGGUGUUAGAGCAGUUGGGGUGUAUCAGUGAGGGGGGAAGUGUGGCAGAGGCUGCAAUUGUCAGCCACAUAAUCAAUACCAGAGUAUGGAUCUGUGGCUGCCUGUAGACACCCUUGCCGCUGUCAUCUGCUAUGAAGGUUGUGGUGUAUGUUGUAGCGUUGUGGGCGUGCACAGUGGGAGGCCUGGUAGUGAAGGAAAAUGAGGUACCUGAGGUACCAACCACACCCACACCUGUGCUCCGUGCCCCCACCUCCCACAAGCCCACGACCACGUCCACCAAACUCCCUUCCCACCAGCAAAGACUACUCCAGCCCACUACGUCUCAUAGUUUAGAUGAACCUGAUGAUGGCUCCACCAACAAGGACACACCCACAGUCACCUCCACACCCACCACUAGGAAAACUCAGCACCCAGUUCGCCCAUUGCCCACUCCAGUGCCAUCAUCUACAUCACCACCAAGACGCCCAUCUGCCCCUGUCCCGCAGCUACCGCCUAAAUAUGACUUAACAUUAGAGGUGAUCGAUGAGCAAAACAAGGAAAGUUUUCUUGUAUGGGAACGUGAGCGUGAUGGACAGGCAACUCAUUCCAUAACAGCUGAGAAACUCAAUGUAUCCUGCAUCUUCAACACUCACACAGCUGAGGGCUAUCUGGUGGAGGGUGUCAAAUGUGUUCGUUACAGUUCUCUGCCUCAGAAAUGUUUCUGCACCUCACACUUCUGUCGCCCAUAUGUAGCUGUGAGCACCCUUCUGAAUCAUCUUCGUACUCAAAAUGCUACUUCCACACAGGAAAGGGUUGGCGGUGAGGUUGGAGUGGAGGUGGCUGUGUGGCACAUAGCAGAUCACGACAUGGUUGUAGAAGCUGUUUAUACCCGAACUCCCAUUGGGCAUUUGGCACCUCUCUCCUUCACUGUUAAAGGAGAUGGUCGGGUGUUCCAGCUACAUGGUGGGCCAAUUUGGUUACAAUAUCGAGUCAAGUCAUGGGCUUUGGACACUGACCCCCCACAUGUCCUAGUAGCUACUGCAGCUGGUGUCUUCUGUCCUGGGAAUGAGAGGAAGUUCCUCCCAAAACUUGCUAACCAGUUUUCACUUACAAUGGAGACUGUCAUAGAGAAUUUGGGAACGAUUGCCUACGAGUCGCAGAACUACGAAUCCGAGGAGAAGUUGGUGUCAUUCACCUGCCUGCCACACUUGCAUUCUGAUGGCAUGUUCCUCCUCAACAUUCCAGGGCUCACAGAUAUUACCAUUGAGUCUUACAGGGUGAUACAUGACUUUAAGACUGGUAUACAGUAUAUGAUCAAUGAAAAGACAAGUAACUGCACCAUUCAGGGCAUCCCUGUGUCUGCUCUGGAUGCUGCUCUAGCUGACAAUCAGCACAUUCGACUCCGCCAUGCCUCCGAGCUCAUCUUUAUGAACCCCAAAUCAUUUAUCUACAAGGGCACGCGGAAAGUGAGGGGGAUUGUGUGUGAUGUGUGGGUGGUAGAGCGAGGCGUCAGAAAGGGCCAGUAUUCCACAGUGGAGGUAUACUUCUCUCAUGAGAACUGGACAAUAGAAGUAGAGGUUUUCAACAAAGUGCGCCAAAUACCUAUUGGCAUUUCUUCCUACAUUGCUGAUAAUGAUAACCCAAGCCAUUGGGUCUCUGUGGUUCACACGUUCUUCUAUGAAUACAGAGAUGGCCAUCCUUCCUGGCGCCAGUUUGACAUUUCACCCUGUCUUAACCGUAUCAACCGCCUCUUCUUGAUAUUUACGUUAGAAGUUUCCUAUUCUGAGCUUGUCCACUACAAUUUGGAGGCUGCUAAGAAUUCCAUCAGAAGAGCUGUGGCUGGCAUUGCUGGAGUCUCUCCUUUGAGGAUCACUGAUCUGUUUCUGAGCAGUCGUCAGAUCACAGGCGAAGUGGACGUGUGGUUUGUAUUACUUGAGAAACCUGAUGUGACUGGCCCUGUGUUGACUCCUCGUCCUCAGCUGAUGAUGGCUGAUGCUUACAAGCUACUACAUGACAUUAUUCAAAAGCAUAAUGUGUCAGUCAAGUUGGAUCUGUCACCAAAAAAGAAACUUUUUGUCAAUAUUAAGUGUGGAUCUCUUGAGACAUCGACUGAGGCCUUGCACCCCCACAUGAGACACAGGUCUAUGAGGUAUCUCAAGGCUGGCUAUACUGCAGGCAGUAUGGCAGGUCUCGGUUUCUCCAUGGCCAUCCUGGGAACCUGUGUUGGUAUAUUUGUUGGAUUCCUACUAUGGAAGCGUCAUUCGUCUGUGCCCUAUCGAGUCACACACUGACAGAGAGGAUACGUUGAUUUGGAUGGGCCCAGCAUUUUCACAUGAACUGUCGACUCAGCAGGGUGAGUAAAAUGUUGAGGGAUAAUCGAGGUUUCAUUUCACACCACACACAUGAAGAUGAGUCGUCUCUCUGCUGAUGUCAUGCCUCAACAUAUGUUAUACCUUAGGAUGGCUCAAGUGGCUGAUGAUAUUACUGUACUCUACUCUACUCUACCUGUAUAUUCAGCCUAUAUUUUUCAGUUUACUAUUGUGUUAGGAAGGUAUCAGAAGCAUUUGAUUCUUUUCAAAGUACUGAGGAUUUUAAAUAUUCCAGUAUCUUUGUUGUAUGUCAAGUAAAAAAAUUGAUAGUUACAGUAAUGUAAUCCCCAAUGUACUGUAAGUUAGAUAAUAAUCAUCAAAUAAAUUAUAGAUUUACAUUUCA